AUGAGCGGUGAACAGCCAGAGUAUGCACUCAUUGAAAGUGCAGCAAGAAACUUGCUGUCACUCAUAACGGCAACAGCUGGUCAGGAACAGGUUCAGGGUCAGAGCCAAUCCCGGGGUCUGACUCUAAAUCCACCUGGCAGUCAAAAUCUGGGAUUGAGGCAGCCCAGCAUUCAUCAAGAGAUGACUAGGUCCUUUCCUAGUAUGUUUCGAAAAGAAAGAACCAGCGGCAAACGCAGAUUUCCUACUCCAGUGACAAAAGCUGUUGUAGCCCCCACAAAGCAUACUAGUCUGCAGUUUUACUUACUCCCAGCACCAACAGAUAGGACCCCACAAGGAUCUCAAAAACUUAAAUUGUUAAUGGCAGGUUUAGGUAAACGCCAUAUUUCUUUACCUGAUAACAGCAACCAUGUAGAGAUUACAGCAUCUCUGGCAGUUGAGUAUCCUAAAUUGGAGAACUUAAUGGGUGGAUGGCUUUUAUACAAGGCGUCAGGUGGAAGUGGCCAGAGGAAAUUGACAGUGAUCCCACCAGAAUCAGAGGGAUACUCAGCAAAGCUACUCAAGAGCUCAUCUAAUAAUGGAAGGCAUAUGCUUUUCAUUGUUCCACUUCAGGAUGAAAUUGAUAUUUCACCACUUCCUUUUGAUGCCCCAGAGUUCAGCAAAAUGCCAAAAUCACAGUGCAAGACAUGUGGUGAAACUUUGCCAUUACAAGCUCUGGCUUUACAUGUAGAGUCCUGUAGCAAGCCAGACAGUGACCAAGAGGCAGAAAAAAAAUCAAGUGAUUGCUUGGAAGCAAAUACACAGAUUGUCUCUUCCCCUGAAACAUCUAUUAAAAGUGAUCCCACCAAUAAAGAAGACCAAUCCGCCACAAGUAAAAGGUGCCCAAUAUGCCAAGUUAUGUUCCCUCCUGAUUAUAUCGAGAUUCAUGGCAGUGCUUGUGGAGAAAGCCAGUGUCCUGUUUGGGAUUUGUCAGACAUUGAGACAGUGGAUGUUGACACCGCAGAAGAGGCUGGCCCAUCAGGCAUAGCUUCCCAGACUACACCCAACCAAAAUCUACCAUCUACUUCAUCAGUAUCACUGUCUGAUUUUACUGAUGAAGCAAAGGAUUGGAAAACUGUACAAGGCCCCAUUAAGGCAGCUGAAUUGUACAGGCAAUCUGUUAUCCAAGAUCAUGCAUCUAAGAAACCACUCUACAUGCACCUUGACCUUACAAGCAGCAUCUCUGACCAAGAAGCCUCUCUCAUUGCUUUUUACAAAGCAUGCAAUGCGAAAUGGGCAUGUCCUCUGAAAACCAGGCUUGAAGGGGAUCCUGCUAUUGGAGAGGGUGUAAACCGUUUUUUAUUUUCAAUGACCACACAGAAAUUGAAAUGUAGCUUUCACCUUAACUUUGGAAAUGCUCAUAUUACAAGGAUUUUUGAUGGCGAGCCAGAUCAUCUCGUACCAUCUUCAUCUGCACAUCUGGUGGAUAGUGACCUGUUUCUGAUGGCUGGUAGAAUGAUCGGUCACUGCUUUCUUCAUGAAGGGCCACCCUUGUCAGGACUUAGCCCUGCUGUUGUCCAUGUCAUUUCUGGCGGCAGUGCUGAAACAGCUGUUGUACAGAUUUCAGACUGUCCAGAUUUUGAUUUGCGUCAGAAAAUUAUGCUGCUUGAAGGAGAAUCUGAACUAACACCUGAUGAGAAGGAAAGCAUUAUUGAUUUGUGCUUUUCGUGGGACCUUCCUCCAGUGAACAAUGCUAAUCGACGAUGGCUUUAUGAGAGGCUUCUACAUCAUGCGGUUAUCGGACGAACUAUGAGGCAAAUCAAGCAACUUAGGAAAGGAUUAAAGGAGACCAUGCUGUGGCCACUACUUUGUCAGCGUCCGGAUGUGCUUCCAGUCAUUUUCCCACCAGAGAAAAAUGAUGUGCUGACCCCAGUGUGUGUCAUAAACAGCAUCAGCUGGCCUUCCAUGGUGGAAAAUGAUGAUGAAGAUGACAAUGAUGACGAAUGCUCUUUGGAGGAUAAGAGCCGAAUUGCUGGCUACCUUCGUCAGUUCAUUGAAAGUGCACCCAGUCAUGAGCUGAAGGCCCUCGUCAAGUUCUGGGUUGGUUGGGAGGUUCCCACUACUUCCCUCAAACUGGAGGUGACAAACUGCAACCUACCUAGGGCAUCCACAUGUUUUGAGACCCUACGGCUUCCAUCGAGAUAUUGUAACUACCCAGCAUUCCAAAAAGAAUUGCUUGCCUGCAUCGGUACUGUUGAUACAGGAUUUGGACUGGUGUAAUUACUGUGGAUAGUGAGGUGUAAUUGUUUAUAUAAUUUCAGUUUUUUUUAUUUUUUUAUUACUUGAUUUAUUUGAAAAGCACUACAUAGGUUGAAAAGAAUAUAAACCAAACUGUUCUUCACUGUUUAUGCAGUGAUAUGUGCUA